GUCGCUCGGAUGCACGCAGAUGCAACAACAGGCGUUAAGCAUUGAGCAGGUGUCGGCGCUUCCCGAGUGCUGCAUCUGUCUGGAUGAGUUCACCAGCCCCGCCUCGCUCCCCUGCGGACACCGCUUCUGCCUCGAAUGCAUCGGAGAAUACUGGAGGAUCCACGAGGCCUGCCAGUGCCCGCUCUGCAAGGCGGUCUUCCCCAUCAGGCCGCGCCUCAAGACCCACUCGACGGCUCAGCCUCAGGGCCCCGCCGCGCCUUUAAAGGCGGGCGAGGUUCCCUGCGACCUCUGCCCCUCCAAGCGUCCGGCGGUCAAGUCCUGCCUGGUGUGCCUGGCUUCCUACUGCGGAGAUCACCUGGAGCCGCACUACCAGGACGAAGAGCUAGGGCGCCACCUCCUGAUUAGUGUGGUGAAGAACCUGGAGGACUCUGUGUGCAGCCUGCACGGGAAACAGCUGGAGAGGUUUUGCAGGAGCGACCAGACUUGCGUUUGUGCCAUGUGUGCCCAGACAGAGCACAGAGGACACCACAUCAUAUCCAUCGGCAACGAGGCUGCAAAGAAGAAGGUCAGACUAAAACGCAGACGGAUGAAACUUCAGCGAAUGAUUGACGAGAGACUGACUGAAGUGAAGAAGCUGGAGCUGUCUCGGUGCCUUCACAGUGCCUUCUGA